GCCGCGACGCGACAAUUUCGUUCCUACUGUUUGGUGACUCAAUUGCAAGAUAUUGCUCCGAGUUACGAUUACGAUGAGAACACACCAGGAAACGGUUAUUUCAGGUCAUUAGUAUGCAUCUGCGAUACCACAGUGCUGCAUCUAAUCUCGCUUCAGAAGAGCGUAAGCGAGCAGCGUGGAUCUUUUGUUUUCCGUCUAGCACAUUACUGUAAGGAACUAGAAGCUUUCGCAAAUGUUGUUCAUUUCCUCAUCGACUCUUUACCAGUGUGCAUAGAAAAUCAAGCGUCUAUGCCGUCUCGGUCACUGUUCCCACCGUUGGAUGGCAAUUACGAUAAAUAUCAUGGAAUGUUGCGAGCUUUGGAACAGCUCGAUCCCACGUGUUUCUAUGGACGACCAUUGGGCUUUCAAUUCUCACCUUCUGUAAAUAGGAUAUUCCGAGUGAUAGGUAUCGUGCUCGCCUCCUAUAGUUUGUCAUGGGAAAAAGGACACGGUCCUAUCGGCUCAAUUAUAAAUACGGGUCGAUUUUUUCUGAGUCCAGAACAACGAGCAUCACGGAUUGUUAAGGUUACAAAAGAAGCAGACAUUGACUUUUGCAAAGGAUUCUGGAAUCUGGCAGAGUUGAGUAAUAACAUGCCAAAAUGGUUCAGUCCAAAUAUGGCCAUAAACGAGUUACGAGAAAUCAACUGGGUGGGUCCUAUUACAUUGGAGACCACCCAAGGAGGAAAAGUAAAAAUACCUGAACCAACAGCUCAUACAGGACCACGUCCAGUACAAAUACGUAUCCUAUCACCAGUACAUCGACCUCACAUGUCUCCAACGGGUAGUUCAAAUCAGCAACCAGCUUCACCUUAUAUAGUUUUCCAUUGCCAUGGUGGAGGAUACGUAGCUACUUCAAGUAAAUCACAUGAGACCUACCUCCGAAUGUGGGCAAAACUUCUAAACUGUACAGUGGUAUCGGUGGAAUACUCUUUAGCACCGGAGAACCCAUUUCCACGGCCCACCGAGGAGGUGAUGUUCGCCUAUGCGUGGGUUAUCAAUAAUCCACACUUAGUAGGGUGGACCGGUGAGAAAAUGUGUAUGGUUGGAGAUUCAGCUGGUGGCAAUUUGAUAAUGUCAGUAAAUCUUCGGCUUAUUGAAUUGGACGUAAAGAAGAAGCCGGAUGGUAUCGUUCCCGUGUACACACCGUUUUUAUUUCAGUAUCUACCUUCACCAUCUCGGUUACUAAGUGUAAUGGAUCCACUUCUACAUAUGGGAGUUGUUUUGCGAUGUGUUGCCGGUAUGUCUGACAGAAAAUUCUUUUCUGGUGGUUCUCAAUCGAUAGUAUCGUUGGUGCAAAACGUGAAGGAUCCCAAUGAACAAACGCACCCGACUGAAGCUGGAUCUUUUUUCGUAGACAAAGAAAAGCAGGAACGUAAUAUUGAGGAAGAAGUUGAAGAGGAAGGUAGCGAGGAGGACGAAGACACGCGGAGUGUUAGCAGUGUCCAUGUGGGUAAUCCUUUCAAUACUGAUUACUUUCCUAUAACUUGA